AUGCUCCCCAACACCAUCAGCCGAGGCUCCAGGUCCCCAACACCAUCAGCCGAGGCCCACACGCUCCCCAACACUCAUCAGCCGAGGCCCACACGCUCCCCAACACCAUCAGCCGAGGCUCCAGGUCCCCAACACCCAUCAGCCGAGGCCCACACGCUCCCCAACACCAUCAGCCGAGGCUCCAGGUCCCCAACACCCAUCAGCCGAGGCUCCAGGUCCCCAACACCCAUCAGCCGAGGCCCACACACUCCCCAACACCCAUCAGGCGAGGCCCACACGCUCCCCAACACCAUUAGCCGAGGCUCCAGGUCCCCAACACCCAUCAGCCGAGGCCCACACGCUCCCCAACACCAUCAGCCGAGGCCCACACGCUCCCCAACACCAUCAGCCAAGGCCCACACGCUCCCCAACACCAUCAGCCGAGGCCCACACGCUCCCCAACACCAUCAGCCGAGGCCCACACGCCCCAACACUCAUCAGCCGAGGCCCACACGCUCCCCAAUACCCAUCAGCCGAGGCCCACACGCUCCCCAAUACCAUCAGCCGAGGCCCACACGCUCCCCAACACCAUCAGCCGAGGCCCACACGCUCCCCAAUACCAUCAGCCGAGGCUCCAGGUCCCCAACACCCAUCAGCCGAGGCCCACACGCUCCCCAACACCCAUCAGCCGAGGCCCACACGCUCCCCAACACCAUCAGCCGAGGCCCACACGCUCCCCAACACCCAUCAGCCGAGGCCCACACGCUCCCCAACACCAUCAGCCGAGGCCCACACGCUCCCCAAUACCAUCAGCCGAGGCUCCAGGUCCCCAACACCAUCAGCCGAGGCCCACACGCUCCCCAAUACCAUCAGCCGAGGCCCACACGCUCCUCAACACCAUCAGCCGAGGCCCACACGCUCCCCAAUACCCAUCAGCCGAGUCCCACACGCUCCCCAACACCAUCAGCCGAGGCCCACACGCUCCCCAAUACCCAUCAGCCGAGUCCCACACGCUCCCCAACACCAUCAGCCGAGGCCCACACGCUCCCCAACACCAUCAGCCGAGUUCAGCCACGCUCCCCAAUACCAUCAGCCGAGGCCCACACGCUCCCCAACACCAUCAGCCGGGAGCCCACACGCUCCCCAACACCAUCAGCCGAGGCCCACCACGCUCCCCAACACCAUCAGUUUGAGCCCCACACGCUCCCCCAACACCAUCAGCCGAGGCCCACACGCUCCCCAAUGCCAUCAGCCGAGGCCCACACGCUCCCCAACACCAUCAGCCGAGGCCCACACGCUCCCCAACACCCAUCAGCCGAGGCCCACACGGCUCCCCAAUACCAUCAGCCGAGGCCCACCGCUCCCCAACACCAUCAGCCGAAGUCACCCUCCGGCUCCCCAACACCAUCAGCCGAGGCCCACACGCCCCAACACUCAUCAGCCGAGGCCCACACGCUCCCUAACACCCAUCAGCCGAGGCCCACACGGCUCCCCAACACCAUCAGCCGAGGCCCACACGCUCCCCAACACCAUAGCCGGGGCCCCACACGCUCCCCAACACCAUCAGCCGAGUCCCACACGCUCCUCAACACCAUCAGCCGAGCGCCGAGGCCCACACGCUUCCUCAACACCAUCAGCCGAGGCCCACACGCUCCCAACACCAUCAGCCGAGGCCUACACGUUUCCCAACACCAUCAGCCGAGGCCCACACGCUUCUACCAUCAGCCGGAAAGCCCGCCACGCUCUCCCAACAAUUAUCAGCCGAGCCCACACGCCCUCAACACCCAACAGCCGGUGGCCCACACGCUCCCCAACACCAUCAGCCGAGGCCCACGCUCCUCAACACCAUCAGCCGAGGCCCACACGCUCCCCAAUACCCAUCUGCCGAGGCCCACACGCUCCCCAACACCAUCAGCCGAGGCUCCAGGUCCCCAACACCCAUCAGCCGAGGCCCACACACUCCCCAACACCAUCAGCCGAGGCCCACACGCUCCCCAACACCAUCAGCCGAGGCCCACACGCUCCUCAACACCCAGACACACAGAGUUCUCCAGUAAGGGCUAA